AAAAAAAAAAAACAAAUUUACUUGCCGUCCUAAUACAACGGAGCAUAUAAUGCUUUAAAAGGAUAUCUCAUCAUGAAGAGUGUUAAGAAUUUCUUUAUUGAACGUUUACAUAGCGUAGACAAUUCGGAGCAGACAAAUUCGGGUAGCUGUAAAACCAAAGAGAAGACAACUACAUCAAGUAAAAGCACUGAUGGUAAUUCAACACCAUCGGCUAAUUCUGUUUCGGGCGAAGAGUCACCCUCCAACCCCUCGUUAUCGGCUCAAACUCCUUCGCAUGAGGGUGUUAAUUCAAAUGUAACUUCACCCACCACUGAUUUAUCAGCUGACAAAACCAUAUCAUGUCCUUUCGACUUCUCACCAACAGCAACAACAGCAGCUGUAGCAUUAGCAACAAAUCAAAAACAAAAAAAUCGCCGAAAGAUUUCUUUACCCUGGGGUCGUCAAAGUAGUAUUGCCAAAAAUUUGGGCUUAGCGCGUCAACAUACCAUCGAUACGCCCAGUUCUUUUCGUAUCUUUCGUCAGUCGAGUAGUAAAUUAAAGGUUUGUUUGUUGCAUUAUUGUUUCUGACUUUAAUCUUUAAAU